AUGGCGUAUCCAAGUGGCAAAGACACAGAGAAAGGCAGCAUGCGCCGCGGGCGCUCGCUGCUGGUCGUGACGAAUGACAACCAGUACACGCUGUCGAGCGCGCCGCCGGAGGUGCCGGAGCACAUGCCGGUCCUCGCCGAGACAGCCCCGAGGAUCCACGCCGGCGGCCCAAGGCCCGUGCGGCGCCUGUCGUUUCGCAAGGCGAGCUCGGUGACCGCGAACGCGAGCGAAAUGCCGUGCGCGAUGCGACUCGGCUCGUCCCUGGGCGGCGCCAGUCAGAGCUUCGCCCUCUACGGCUCCGUCUACGGCCCAUCGCAGAUCUCCAGAGACAUGUCAUCGAGCAGCUCCUUCCCUGUUCACCAGAGAGAACAGCGCGCGAGAACCCAUCUCCACUCUGCUGACCUCUUUGAUCGAACGAGCCCGGUGCAGAAAGCCCGCCAGGCGUGGACUUGCACGUUGCCUACUGCCCUCGACGCAGAGACCCACACGCUGAUUUCUGGUCCCGCGUUGGUGGACAAAGUGAAGGAGGCCUUCGAAUCCGGGCCGCUGGCGCAGUCGCCUGAAGUCCAGAAGAAACUCGAGGCUCUCUUCCCAGCAACGUGGGGCUUUGAGUACACCGAGGUGGCCCAGGGCCCCGUUGACGCCGACGGUGGCGAAGCCGCAGGCCGCCAGCGCGUCGUGGCGCGGAUCGGCAUCAUCUUGAGCGGCGGGCCGGCUCCUGGAGGGCACAACGUGAUCGCCGGUUUGCACGACUUCGUGAAGAGUCGCCACCCCGACUCGGUCGUCUUUGGAUUCAUGGGAGGCCUGGACGGGGUCAUGAACAAGAAAUACAAGGUCUUGACGGAUGAGCUGAUGAACCAGUAUCGCAACCAGGGAGGCUUCGACAUGCUCUGGUCUGGACGUGGGAAAGUGAACGGAGAGGAGGAUCUCAAGAAGGCGAAGGAGGUUUGCGAGAGCUUGGAGUUGCAUGGCCUGGUUUUGGUUGGGGGCGAUGGUUCGAAUAGCAACGCUGCGCUUCUGGCCGAGUACUUCCAAGUUCAUCUCCCCUCCUGCGCAGUCGUCGGCGUCCCCAAGACGAUCGACGGAGAUUUGAAGAGCCCCCUUAUUGAGGCUUCUUUCGGAUUCGACACAGCCGCCAAAACGUACUCGGAACUUAUCGGCAACCUCUGCACCGAUAUCAACAGUUCCCAAACGACUUACCACUUUGUGCGCGUGAUGGGUCGGAGCGCCUCGCACCUCGUCCUCGAGUGUGCCAUGCAGACGCGGCCAAAUCUCGUCUUUAUCGGCGAAGAAGUGGACGAAGCGAACCUGUGCCUGGCAGACAUCGUGAAGCAGAUCGCCGACCUCGUCGUCGACAGACUGCAAGCCGGGAAGCGAUACGGCAUCAUUCUUCUCCCGGAAGGCCUGAUCGAAUUCAUCCCCGAAAUGAAAGUUCUCAUCAAGGAACUCAACGAAGUGCUCAGCGCCAACGAUGGCAAAUUCUCUCCGGAUAAACUCACGCGAGCUCGGAGCGUGUGGGAUUACCUCCCCGAGAUGAUUCAAGACCAGCUGAUGAUGGACCGAGAAGCGACGGGAUACAUCCAGGUGGCCAAGAUUGCCACGGAACGCCUCCUGAUUCUCUUGUUGGAAACCGAGUUGCAAAAGAGAGGACAUGACCCGGACAAGUGGAGCUUCAUGCCGCACUACUUUGGCUACGAAGGCCGUUGCGCAAUGCCCUCGAACUUCGAUGCCAAUUACUGCUACUCUCUCGGAUACACUGCAGGUGUCUUGGCGGAAAAAAAAAAGAACGGCUACAUGUCGAUUGUGAGGAAUUUAGAUCAACACCCCUCUCUGUGGACUCCAGCAGGCGUUCCGUUUACCAAGAUGAUGUAUGUCAAGCAAGACGCUCAAGGGAAAGACUUUCCCGCCAUCGUUCGCUCGCUCGUCUCUCUGGAUGGGCCGCUCUUCAAAGUGUUCUGCGAGGUGCGAGACGAAUGGAAGCUAAAGGAUUUGUACCGAGUACCAGGCCCGAUCCAGUUUGCAGGCGUCACCGCCGACGAGCCGUGCUACGCCGUCAUGGUUCCCUCGGCGGAAGAUCUCCUCGCCGGCAACGAUCCGCGAGCGAAUCUGACUUGCACCUGCGGCGUGGUGGUGAAGGAUUUGGGGACGUAUUCGUCGCUCCAGCAGCAAAGACUGUUGUUUCGACCGGCAGUUCCGCCUCUGUGUCAAGACAUGAAGGCGCGGGCGCGGCCUUCGAAGCAAAUGUUCUGCAAAGACCCGUACACGCAGCGACAGGUGCUCAUGCACUACCCGUACUUGUCGAAUAGUUCGCUCUUCUUUCUCCACGACGUUAGUCACGACAAAUACAUCCCGCCAAUCGGGUUCGGUCUCCGCGUCGGCUUGGUGUUCAUUUCGCGUCAGUCGCCGGGAGUGGCGAAUGUCCUGUGGGGGCUCCACGAGCGCCUGAAGCUCGUCCAGGGGAAGUGCAUUGCGUUCUUCGGCCUGAACGGACUGGUCGAUCGCAAAUUCAUCCAGAUCGAGGACCGUCACUUGGAGUUGUUCAAGAACCAGGGUGGUUGCGAACUGAUCGGGCGAUCGACUAGCCACUGCCUGGGCAGUCGCGAGAUGCAAGAGAAAGUUCGCCAAACCUGCGAGGCGAUGAACCUCGACGGCCUCGUCAUCCCUGGCAGCGCCUUCGCCAUGUCCGAGGCGGCACUCCUCUCCGAAUACUUCCUCGCCAAGCAAUGCAGAACCUCCGUCGUCGGCAUCCCCGCCACAGGAAGCAACAACCUUAGCGGCGAGUUGAUCGAGGCGUGCAUCGGCUUCGACAGCAGCACGAAAGUUUACGCGUCGCUCAUUGGCAACGUCCUCACCGAUGCCGCCUCGAUGCCGAAAUACUGGCACUUUGUUCGUCUCAUGGGCAGACAACCUUCGCAUGAGGUGCUCGAGUGCGCGCUACAGACGCAUCCGAACUUUGUCAUUAUUGCGGAAGAGUAUGGCGCAGCGGAUAAGACGCUCCUGCACGUGGUCCAAGACAUUGCCGACGUGGUUUGCCAACGUGCAGAGAUGGGCCGAAACUUUGGAACUGUUUUGAUUCCAGAUGCGCUCCUUAUGCACCUUCCCAACAUGAAGAUCCUCCUCGCCGAACUGCGGACUGUCCUGAAAGAAGCAGACGCAAAAGGCGAAAUGAAGAAGGCUCAGCAAGACUUGAACGAAGUGACUGACAUGGAGACUUGUCCCCCGGGAUCCUGGGGCCGGAGGUUGACUCCUUGGAGCGCGGCGCUGUUCCGCAGUUUCCCGAAAUUCAUUCGCCGAGAGCUUUUGCAAGUCGACAUGGGCGAGAUCCGCUUUGAGCGCCUGGAAACGGAAGAGCUUUUAGCGCAGAUGGUGAAGGAGGAACUGGAGUAUCGAAAGUCUGUCGGUCGUUACUGCGGAAAAUUCCAGGCCGUCACACACUUUUUCGGCUACCAGGGACGCUCGUCGAUGCCCUCGCAGUUUGAUGCCAACCUCGCGUUCGCCUACGGGCAUUUGGCGUCGAUUUUGGUUGAGUCCGGAGUGACGGGGCACUGCUGCAGCAUUCGCGGCUUGUGCGGGCCGGUGAAGGAUUGGCGUUUGGGGAGCAUUCCGUUUGUGACGCUGAUGAAGUUGGUUCCGACGCCUCAAGACAACCCCGCAUUUGCUGCUCGCGGACCAGGCAACGACGCCGCCCUCGUGAACACCGCCAAGGACAUUCGCCAGCAGCGCUCCGUCAUGACGGACUUGCCCAUCAUCCCGAGCGCUGAGGUCAACCUCGACGGAAAGGCCUACAGGUGGAUGAAGACGGCCGCCGAGCAAUGGGCGCUGGAAGACCGUUUCUGCAACCCCGGCCCCAUUCAGUUCACCGGUCCAGCUGCGCAGUUCUUCAACCGUGAGCUCUUUGAAGAGCAAGCAGAGUACUACGACAUGGUGUGUCGCGUGGAGCGAUACACGAACAUCUUGAAGCAAACGUGCACGUUUGGCGUCUCCGACAGUUUCCUCAAGAACGCGUACGUCUCUCUCACGGGUCUCCUCAUGCUCGCGUUUCACCCCGACGAGUUGACGGCGAAACUCCCAGCCCUCUCGACUGGCGACUUCGACGCAGACGGCAACGAGAGCGGCGCGCAGCCGACUGGCGGUCUCUUCGCCAGGGGCGCCGACGAGCUCAACGUGAGCGUCUCCCGGUUCUCGAAAAGAGAGGAUUUUUAA